AUGGUGAACCCCAAACACUUGAAGUCCUCAGACUGGGUGGUGCUGAUCCUCAUCGCAGCUGCUUCACACGCAGAGCUGCAAACUGUGAUCACGCCAACAACUGACUCGCUCCGCCCCUUCACUGCGCCUAAAAUUCUGUCCAGAAAAUCUCACAGCUACUGUUUUAAUCUGCAAGGGAGCGAUGGCAGGCUGCUCAAGGCUGCCGUGGACUUCGUAUCUGCGUGUCUGUAUCUGUACCGUCUGUACGAUGGCCUCUUUACCGUCCUGUGUGACAGCGUGGCUCGAUGUAAGGAGCUGGACCAUGCUGUGAGGACACGCCAGGUCCCGAUGUCUCCCUCUGACUUCCUGGACAAACUGAUGGGGAGGACUUCUGGCUACGACGCCCGGAUCAGACCGAACUUCAAAGGUCCUCCCGUCAACGUUUCCUGCAACAUUUUCAUCAACAGCUUUGGCUCCAUUGCUGAGACGACCAUGGACUACCGAGUGAACAUCUUCCUCCGUCAGCAGUGGAACGAUCCCAGGCUGGCGUAUUCCGAAUACCCCGAUGACUCUCUGGACCUGGAUCCCUCUAUGUUAGACUCCAUAUGGAAACCGGAUCUGUUCUUCGCCAACGAGAAGGGAGCCCACUUCCACGAAGUCACCACAGACAACAAACUGCUCAGGAUAUUCAAGAAUGGCAAUGUUUUGUACUCUAUAAGGCUAACGUUAACUCUGUCGUGUCCCAUGGACCUAAAAAACUUCCCGAUGGAUGUUCAGACGUGCAUCAUGCAGCUGGAGAGCUUCGGCUACACCAUGAACGACCUGAUCUUUGAGUGGCAGGAGAACGGACCUGUUCAAGUGGCCGACGGCCUCACGCUCCCACAGUUCAUCCUCAAAGAUGAAUCAGACCUCCGAUACUGCACCAAGCACUACAACACAGGUAACACACACACUGCCGUAAGCAUCAGGAUGCAGGUAAGAUACACACAGGAUGAAACGGUUGCCACGUUUCAUCCGUCACGUUUGUGCUCCAAGGAUCGAGUCUCUUAUGUGAAGGCCAUCGAUAUCUGGAUGGCCGUGUGUCUUCUGUUCGUCUUCUCUGCGCUGCUGGAGUACGCCGCCGUUAACUUUGUGUCGAGGCAACACAAAGAGCUGCUGCGCUUCAGACGGCACAACAAGAAUAAGAGCAAGAUCAGUGGAGGUGCCGUUGAUCCAGAGGAGCUAGCCGAGUCCCUUCGUCGUAUUAACACUGACGACGGCCUCAAAGCGGCAGAGCCUCUGUACGGAUCUAUGACCAACAUCUACACCAGCAACCACGGGGAAGGGGGGGCACAUGAGAGCAGGCUGGCCCCUGCUGCCGCCGUGACUUCCACCCCGAGUAACAGCAAGGAGUCGAAGGCCAGCGCCAACAACGCCGUGAGUGCACUGAACACGCCGGGAGCCACGGCGCAGAACGCUACCCAGAAUGCACCUGCAGCAGCCAGUGGGGGUAAAAGCAUGGAGGAGAUGAGGAAGCUGUUCAUCGACCGAGCCAAAAAGAUUGACACUGUGUCGAGGGCCGGCUUCCCGCUGGCCUUCCUCUUCUUCAACAUAUUCUACUGGGUCCUGUACAAGAUACUGCGGCACGAGGACGUGCAUAAGCAGUAGAGACAAAGGACGAGAGAUUAUUCAGACGCAGGCGCACGAACAUCUGCAUUUCCUUUUCCAUGAACCCCAGAGAGCCAAUCAGGAUGGUCUUUGUCAUGAAGGAUGGAUAAACUGGAUCUCUGCCUGAAAACCACAGAAAACUUUUUUAAAGGUUCAUCUAGUUAAAAAUAAUCUUCUGAUAGUCUUUGAUACCAAGUCUGUGAUGUUGAAAUUAAAAAUGUUGUUGAAGAGUGCGUGGCAGACGUGACGGAGCAGCAGAGAGGGCGCCACGUGUCGGGAUUACGUCCUCCACGUGGAAUUCAUUCUUUUCCAGUCUGAUAAUAUUUUAGUGGUGGAAAAUCUGACCUGCCAAAGACAAAGUGGGGGAUUUCAGUUAACUGAAACCAGCUCGAUCAAUAGCGUGAAGGAUACUGUGACUCACGGCCAGCUGGGCUGAACGUCUCAACCACACGUAAGUGCGAGAAACUGCAGUUCCUCUAAUGGCCUCUAGAGGGCGGCGCCAAAAGUGAGUCAGCGCCUGUAGACUCGUAGACCAUCUGGUCUCUGUAGCUGAUUUCACCCUUUGUAACAACUCUAUCCAUUUAAACUGUAAGGCUUUGCAUUAUGAGGGGCGUGGCCUCGUGAUAAACAGGUGGGUGGAGACACAGGCGGUGUAUCAGUCAGCACAGUGGUCUUGAGUUUGAAGCACAGCCUGCAGCUUCACUUCCAGGUCUGCUGUGUUGUGUAUAACAGGUGUGAGGAUUCGAUUUCCCUGAGAGGCCCAGAUGCUGAUGCAGUCUCAGCGAUCACAGGUCUGCUAUCAGCUGAACGUAAAACUUCUGGAAGCUUAAAAGUAUUUAGAAAAAUAACCAGUAAAAAGACAAGUGUGUAGAUAUCCUGUGUGCUGUGGACGUAUCUCAUCAGCAUACUAAUGUAAAAGUCUGAAAAAGCCGGAUUCCCAGACUGAAAUGCGGCAGGCGGCGUGCAGCUGAGCUCGGGCUCCGGGUGGAGAAGUGCAGCUUAGAUCUGUCUGUCUCUGCUACAGUUAAAGCCUCUGUCGCUCCACUGCAGUCUGAAGUCUGAAAAGUGUGAGCUCGUCUGUUUAAUCCUCUGAAACAAUACUGGUUCAGACAAAGACUGCACAUAAAAGACAGACAAAGACACUGUACCAUAGUCCUGAGUUUUCUGUGAGUUUUAGUAUUGUGGCUGUUCUCGUGACAGAUCUGUUUCAGAUCAGCUCAGGCUGACCUGAUCUGAAACCGCCUGGAAAGAAGUGAAAGCCACAAACCUGAGAAGGACUCUGAUGUCAAAGCCUUAAUGUUACCGUUCUGGCUGCCAAAGGGGAAGCGAUUACAUGAGCUAGCCUGGUUAGCAGACUGCAUGUAAGGGUGUGGCAAAACAAAGUGUCAUCCAAGUAAAAACCUUGAAUUUCGCUCACCAGAUACGACUCCAAGUGCAGUGACCUCACAGCAGCCAUGUUAUUGGUCACAUGAUGUCAUGGCUCCAAAAGGCUCCGAAAGCACAAACACGGUCCAGAGGUCCAGUUCAGGUGAAGCUAGCAGCCGCCUGUGUCGCCAUCCACCUGCUGCAGAGGCGGGAGUCUAUCGGGACUGGCUCACUGCCUCUAGUGGACGUCAGAGGAACUGCAGCGCUGGUUUCAUCUUUCAGCUAAAGAUCAAAACACUUGAGCCGCCCAGUUCAGGUUUCCUCUCCGUUUAAAGUGACGCUUGCAAAAGAAAGAACAGCCAAACAAAAGCUGUGCGUCUUUGCAGCUUUCUGUCACUCAGCAUCGUGUGAGUCAGGUUCGAUGCACCCAUUGUGAGAGUUGUCCUUUCUGCACUGAUUUCCUCCCUGACACGCUGACAACGCCCUGAUGUUUCAUUACAGAUGUGUCAUACAUGCUUACACGACCCGCACACUCAAACCUCACUGCGUAUGUCGGGAGUGGCCGUCCCACGCCGCGGCGGCGGCGGCGCACAGUCACACUGGAAGCUCACACUCACUCCCUUUAAGAACAUGCGAGCAGCUAGACCCAGGUUCAUCACAUUUCCAGUCUUCAUUUUCAUUUUUUGUGCGACAGAGUUUUGACAUUUGAAAUUCAUUUGGAGAAAGUGUGAGGUGCAGUCAGUCGCUUCAGCUUUGUGACUUUAGUUCAGGUCUGAAACGCAGCGAUUCUCUGCUUUGCUUGUUUUUGAGAUGAAUUACUGCUGGCUUACGUCACUUUGACCGUUCACGGACUUUCUUUGGAAUUGUGUUUUCUAGGAAGCAGUGUGGUAACUUUAAUUACUUUCAGCUGCUGACAUGAGCAGUGAGGGGGGAGCUGCAGCAUUCAGUCAUCUCCUUUUAUAUCCUGCUGCAGUCAUUUGGCACGUUUAGCCAGUUUCCUAAUAAUGAAACCUCAUUUUCUGCACAAAGUUCACUGACACUGUGUCACAGUGACGUAAUCGCUGCAGCAGCGCAGGGAGAAGGCUCCAGGUUUGAGGACUCUGCAACAAGGUGAGGAGGCGAGAUUAACCAAACGUUGUUCAGGUGUCUUCUGUUCAACAGGACUCGGGUAGUCGUGGUCAGCCUGUUCCAGCUGUGAUGCCAGUUUAGCCCUUUUAUUUGUUUUUGAGAAAUCUUUGUUUGUUUAAAGCGAACAGAAUGUGAUGGCGGCACAGUCGCACGCUGCUCUCCUCUGUGCUGUGUGCAGCACUCCUGUUGAACCAGCUUCACGCUCAGGCCACGUUUGUCCAAACUGUUUCCUGGAAGGAUGUUCAGUCAGCUUAACACGACGCCGUCGCUGCGUUAUUUACAUCAGUGUUUCCCUCCCAGAAAUAUUUGCAUAGUUGUGAUGAAAACAGCCGGCCGUCUGCAGCUGUGUGCAGACUCUGCAUCGCAUCCUGACUGUGCACGUUUGCGUCAUGUCUCUCAUUUCUGUGCUCGUGUCCAUCGUCUUAGUCCACAGUCAGAUGUGCUGAUUACUGCUUGGUAUAGAGUUAGGACACAGUCGGUGUGGAAAUCUACUUGUUUUGAUGAUGUCACAGUUGCGUUGCUGCUUUAUGUGCUUUGAUUUUGUGUUUUUGGUCAAUUUUAUGCAGCAUGUGUUUCAAUCAGCUGAUUUUCAGAGAGUGAAAUAAGUUCAGAUUUAGCAGCUCAGGUUCAGAGUCGGCCUGGAAAGAAAGGCUGUGGCACAGGGAGAUGACACUGUGACGUAACAGGUGUGUAAUCUAUUACAUCAUCUUUACUUUUUGUAUUGGAGAUUAUGGUAAAUGGCCUGCAUUUGUAUAGCGCUUUACUCAGUCCCUAAG